UUGGACUGGUGUCGUGUAGACUGGUCAAGUGUCGUCUAGACUUGACCGGUGUCGUGUUGACUGGACUGGUGUUACGUUCACUGGUCUGGUGUCACAUAGACGGGACUGGUGUCAGGUAGACUGGUGUGGUGUCACGUACACUGGACAGGUGUCACAUAGACGGGACUGGCGUCAGGUAGACUGGACAGGGUCACGUAGACUGGACUGGUGUCUCAUAGAUUGGAUAGGUGUCGUCUAGACGGGACUGGUGUCGUGUUGACAUCUGCACAUUAGAUGCAUAGGAAUUAUUCCGCCCCGGUCCACCGGGCCCCUAUGCUUGACCCUUCUUCUUGGAGCAGGAAGGACUCGGACACUAAGGUACCCAAACAGGCUAUGUCCACAAAGAUCUUGGGUCUAGGUCUGUUUUUAGUUGGAGUACUCCUGUUAUCAGUGGCUCUCAUCAUCGGACUGGAGUUUCCCAAAUAUGUGCGCACUAAAAUCAUUGAAGACCAGUGUAUUCUGAACAGAGACCAUUCCAAGUUUGAAUCGUGGAGAACGGGAUCUCAGUGGAACCGAAUAAAUCGCAUCUAUUUUUGGGUGCUUGAGAACAAAGAAGGUUUCCUGUACCACGGGGAGGAACCAAAGGUGAAAGAGAGGGGUCCGUACGUGUACCGAGAGACGGAGGAGAAAACUGACAUCACAUUCAACGUCAACGAGGUGUGGAUGAAGCUGUGGCGACGAAACGUGUUUGAUGCCGAUCUCACUGCCUACGAGUGCGGUUUCGACUGCACAGAACAAGAACCGUUGACGGUUAUCAACCAGGAUUUUCUUCAAAAGACGACAAGUUUUGGGUCGGAAUCGGAUUACACUUUUGAAGCGAUCCCUGCAACCCUGACAACAGCCAUGGUUGACCUUGGCAUUGAUGUGUCCAAAAACAUCACCGACAAACUCCCCGCCUUGGGAUGUUUGACUGCUACAUGUGAUACAGUUUGGUCGACUAAAUUACCUUCGACCACACACUUGAACGACUUGUCAUUUGGUGUAUGGAUUCGUAAAAACGACACGUCAUAUAAAUCUGAGAUAUUGACUGAGAGAGGUCAAAGAUCUUUCACCGAAGAAGAGAUGGUUGGGAUAUAUAAUUUAUUAACAACGCCAUCUUUGCUCAAGAACGGUAACUCGCCUUAUUCGGAGUGUUUAUCAUGGGCGCGUCAUAUAGCUUGUGCCUCCAGUGGUUCCGAUGCGGUGAACUCAAACGUCAGCUGUGGUAUUAUAUCCUUAUUGAAGAUUUACAGCUUGGGAUCUGUGUCGUGCUUUCAAAAUUUCUCUGCUCAAAUGCAACAUUUUCUAUGCAGCCAGCAAAAUCCUAGCCAUUGCUUUGUCCUUCCCAGCAACAUACUACUAUCAACUGCCUAUAUAGAAGCUUUAACAGCGUUCAUCUUAUCACAUAUAGCUGCAUUUGUUCACGAAGCUGCCAUUGUAAGUCUCCAGAACGAUCUGGUGACAACCAGAAAUCAGUCGGAUCUGGCGUUUGGGUACGUCCGGAAAGGUCCAGAUGACGUGUCCAUUUUUGUGCCAGGUGUGUUUUCGGACCCUUGGUCGAGUCUAGGGUCGGGCCUGGGUCCGAGUCAGGGGUCCAGUGAAGGGUCUAGAAGUGAAGUGAGUUCAGUCUGGACACUGGCCACGUGUCUUCAGGAUCGGAACAUUGACAAUAACAUGAUGGUUAAAAAAAUCAACGGAAGUCAUUUCGCCCCCAAACGUCUUCUUAAAGCAAGUGAAAUGAAUGUGUAUUUGUCCUCACACACGGACUUUGUACCAGCGUGUGGUCUACUUCAAGCAUGUGUAGCUUGUCAGCCAACACUGCAGUCUCCCAAAGUCUACAUACCAAAAGUCUGGAGGAGAGUGCAUUUUAACAGUCAAACCCAGUCCACUCUGUUCAACAAUGUUGUUUAUACAUUCUCCAUGGCUAACGACACAUUUACAAGCCAUGGAUCUUAUGACGUCCACGAUGGUGUGCAGAACAUGACGGGCCUCUAUUCCUACCUUGUAUGGAUGAGCAACCCCCACUUCGUCUACUCGUCCGGGUCUUACCCCACAGGAUCUCAGUCCGGAGGGGCCGUCUCAAAGCAUAUAUCAUCUAUCGACGUCGAGCCUGAUACAGGGCGAAUUUGGCAGCGGAAAUUCCGCUUUCAGUUCAACGUUGGGGUGACAGCCAAAAACAUCAACGCCAAACGAAAUAAGUCACUGAACGUGACGUACCUUGGUCGACCGAUUCCGAUCUACUGGACAGAGAGAAGUGCUGUAAUAUCAGAAGGUGAAACAGGCCAUUACAACUAUAAGGUCGGUCGCUUGAUGAGGGUGUCCUGCGGAGGUCUCAUCGGAAUAUCUGUGAUGUCCGUCAUUGUGAUGGUUGUCGGUGUUGUCGUCUGCUUCCUUCCCGCCAAAACUAACAGAGUUGCGCCAGUUCCAGAUGACAAUAAUCUCGUCCAUAACCACAGAUGACAAUGAGACAGGUCGUGGAUCAGUUAUCGUCAACAAAGUUUGAAAGUGGUUAAACAAACACGUUGGCACCUCGUGGUGUGGGGUGAAAUGAAAUGUGCUUGAAAGUCGGAUCCAAAAUGUUUGCACUUUUAAAGCGAAGUGUGCCUCUGCUUGCACUGGUCCGGGUUGAUGUCAGUGCUCUAGUGUUUGCCACUGCGAUACAAUGCCGGAGUUAACGUGGGUACCCGACAUGUAUACUGACUCAGAGCCGACCAGGCAGUGCUUUAUCGCCUUAAUGCAGAGCUCCAGGCAGGUACCACGUACCAUGUUUUAACGUCUUUUGUUUUGACGUUUCCUGGGACAGCACUUCCGACCUUCUGCUCCUCGGACAGACACUCGACGUUGUCCACAACCCCAUGGAAGUGACCAGAGGUAGCACAGGGGUGUCUUGUCAAGCACUGCCAAUGGGGUGAAUGUGAAUGGGAUGACGUUUACCAUUUAUACGCCCCUUGUGGAAAGUAAAGAGUGAAUCACCAUUGAUUCUAUAACCUGCAUUGGAGGGUCAUUCUAAUAUAUGAUUCUGGAGUUGAAUGGACACUGUUAACAGAAGCCCUUAGUGUGGAAUAUAACAAUUCUACACAGCAUUUUCACAUUGUAUAGUUUAUUGUAUCCAAACCCAUUUAUGUUCUUUGGUUUCUGGAGGUGAAGAACUUUCCAUGUGAGAUUGAAUGGAUAUCGGUGAAGGCAGGUGAAAACAGUAUUGCUAAACGAUGGAGAUGUUGAUAUAUAAUGUGUGAGAAAAUCACUGCACCAAUGCCAUAUGUAUUGCACAUUAAACACCCAGAUGACAAUAAUAUAAUCGCAGAUACAAAUUAUCGUAAAUUCAUCAGAUUUCCAUUUAACAAUUUUCUCACCGCGUAUAUAGAUGUUGACAGUGUUCAUGCUUUCUCAUAUAUAUAUAUAUAUAUAUACUUCCCAUCAAAAGUUUAGACUCACUUAUAA